AUGCUCCAAGUACUUGGAGGCACUGUGCCUCCCAAUACUGAUCAUGCUGUCAGCGUGUCCCUGCCAACAUGGAGAGCCAAUGUUGGUUAUGAAGAGGGAGAAGAUUGGGUCAUAAGCAAGAUGGUUUGUGGAUACCCUCGGUUCUUCGUUCACCCCAGCAUCCAAAAGCUUGUCGCAGAGCUCGUCCAGCGUGUGGGUGACCCAGAGAAGGAAACCGCAACUCUUUUUGCCUCAAUCAAGACCGCGCGGAUCUGCCAGUCCUCAAUCACCUCCUCUGUGGCGGCCGUGAUUUACCCCAAGGAGUUUGCUUCUAUCGCCAAACAAGUCUGGCAACAUUCGGGUAACGGAAUUUCUAGUCGACGAGGCGAGUUCUGUCUGCGUGCCCUACAAGAUGGGUUUUUGGUAGAGGAUAAGAGCUCAUCUGCGGCCGAUGCCGUUCUUCAGCGACCUUGCAAGGGUCCUCGGAGAUACCAAGGCCGGGGCUCUCUGAGUGGUCCUUCAUGGGGCUCUUCAACUCCAUCCACCUCUUCGCCCACUCCCCCGUCAAGCAAUGGUCUUGAGGAGGGCCCAGACUAUGGUCAAUUUAUCGAGGAACGCUUUGGUCGUAACCUCAGUGCUUUGCAUGCGAAGCAGGCCAAGGUUGCUGUCCGAAAGCGCAUUGCUGGUGUCUUGACUGCCGAUGUUGAGCUACCGGAGGCCCUUGAGACUGCCUCUACAAAUGGCCGAGUUGAUGAUAUCUCUGAGAAUGACGUUUAUCUUUACCCUUCUGGAAUGAGCUCUAUCUUCAACGCGCAUCAGAUCUUGAUGACAGCCCGUGAGCCUAGAAAGAGUAUCUGCUUCGGAUUCCCUUACACCGAUACUUUGAAGAUUCUCCAGAAGUGGGGCCCUGGCUGUCUUUUCUACGGCCAUGGCUCAUCGGAGGAUCUGGAUGACCUUGAGAACAGACUGAAGAACGGAGAGCGAUUCCUUGCGCUUUUCACUGAGGCCCCCGGUAACCCUCUACUUAAGACUCCGGAUCUCAUCCGCAUACGAGCUCUGGCAGACCAGUAUGAUUUUGCUGUGGUAGUGGAUGAAACCAUUAGCAACUUCCUCAAUAUUAAUGUUCUCCGAUAUGCAGACAUUGUUGCGAGCAGUUUGACGAAGAUCUUCAGUGGAGACAGCAACGUGAUGGGAGGAAGCGCAAUCCUCAACCCCCACGGUCAAUACUAUCAAAAAUUGAAAGAGACAUAUGCUCAGGAAUUCGAGGACAUUUACUGGGCCGAAGAUGCCGUCUUCUUGGAGCGAAACAGUCGCGACUUCAUCACAAGAAUUGAAAAGAUCAACUCUACAUCAGAGCAGAUCACAGCCAUGUUGAAAGAGUCUCCUUUAGUGAAAGAUGUUCACUACCCUAAGUACAGUCCCACCAGACCCCUUUAUGAUAGCCUUCGUAACUCCAAGGGUGGCUAUGGUGGCCUUUUCUCUAUCACUUUCCAUUCGAACGCCGAAGCCGUUGCAUUUUAUGAUACCCUGGAAGUCCUGAAGGGCCCUAGUCUCGGUACCAACUUCACUCUCAGCUCCCCUUAUGUCCUCCUAGCUCAUUACGGAGAACUCGAUUGGGCGAGAUCUUUCAAUGUCGACCCCGAUCUUGUCAGAAUCAGUGUUGGCUUGGAAGAAGUACCAGACCUACGCGCUAGAUUCCAGACGGCUUUAGAUGCGGUGGCAAAGGUAGAGAAAUAG